AUGAGUUCACUGAUGGAACAGGACCCUGAGAUUGGGCGGGCGAUUCAGAACGAGAUCAAGCGGCAGCGUGAAAAUAUAAAUCUGAUUGCAUCGGAGAACUUUGCGAGCCGGGCGGUGCUGGAAGCGCAGGGCUCGGUGUUCACGAAUAAGUACGCGGAGGGCUACCCGGGACGGCGCUACUAUGGCGGGUGCGAGUUCGUGGAUGUGGCGGAAAGCCUGGCGAUCAGCCGCGCGAAGGAGCUGUUCGGGGCGGAACAUGCGAAUGUGCAGCCUCACAGCGGGGCGCAGGCGAAUAUGGCGGCGUACUUCGCCACUCUUCGGCCGGGCGACACUAUUAUGGGGAUGAGCCUGGAUCAGGGCGGGCACCUGACGCAUGGGGCAUCGGUGAACUUCUCGGCUAAGCUGUACGACAUCGUGCCAUACGGCGUCGACCGCGAGGUGGAGACGAUCGACUACGAUGAGGUGGAACGGCUGGCGAAGGAACACCGUCCGAAACUCAUCGUUACUGGGGCGAGCGCAUAUACGCGGAUCAUAGACUUUCCACGCUUUCGCAGUAUUGCGGACGAGGUGGGCGCGAAGCUGAUGGUUGAUAUGGCGCACAUUGCGGGGCUGGUGGCGGCGGAUGAGCAUCCCUUCCCCGAUCCGCAUGCGGAGAUUGUUACGACCACGACGCAUAAGACUCUGCGCGGGCCGAGGGGCGGCAUGAUCCUGUGCGAUGAGGAGCACCGGCGCGCGAUCAACAGCGCGGUGUUUCCGAAUAUGCAGGGAGGGCCGCUGGAGCAUGUCAUCGCGGCGAAGGCGGUGGCGUUCGGGGAGGCGAUGAAGCCGGAGUUCGUGGAGUACCAGAAGGCGAUACGCGCGAAUGCGGCGGCGCUUGCGGACGAGCUGCAAGUGGGCGGGCUGCGGCUGGUGUCGGGUGGGACGGACAAUCAUAUCGUGCUGGUUGACCUGACGCCUAUGGACAUCACGGGGCGACAGGCUGAGGAGGCGCUGGGUGAGGCGAAUAUCGUGGUGAACAGGAACGCCAUCCCGUUCGACCAGAAGCCGCCACGCACGGCGAGCGGCAUUGCGGCUGGGCACACCAUCGAUCACGAGCCGAGGCAUGGGAGUGGAGGAGGCGCGACAUGUGGGCAGGCUGAUUCUCAAGGUGCUUGCCUCCCCGCAGAGCGAUGCUGUGAAGCGAGAGGCGCGGGAUGA